GCCCCCAUAUUCUCUCUCUCUCCCCCUCGCUCUCUCGCUCGCACGGUCGCUCGUGGCUGGAGGAGUUGGAGAUCGCGGAAGCGUCGCCGGCCGCCACGUACGUGUUCGGAGAUCGUGGACGCCAGCGAUGGACCGCGACGAGGAGAUGGGCCACGGCGACCGGUCGCUGCUGUUCAUCGGCGACGAGGACGACGACCUCGGCGCCGACCGGGACGGCGGCUCCCCGCCGACCUCCUCCUCCGACGAGGGAUCCUUCUCCGAUCGGAGCGACGACGAGGCCCGCGGCGGCGGCGGCGACGACGCGCCCGACGACGGCCAGAAGGGCGCGUGGCCGCAGAGUUACAGGCAGUCGAUCGACAUGAUGAGCGCGGUGCCGUCGCCGAGGGUGAACACGCUCAUGGCAGCGAGCCCGAGCCUCACCAGAUUCGGCAGCUCCUUCCUCAAGGCCGGGAGCUCCUUCUUCCUCAGGAAGGGCGACGGCUCGGGGCUGCCGCUCACCAGGCCGCUGCUGCCGCCCUCGGUCUCGCAGCUGUCGCAGUCGUCAUUGCACCCGCAGCCCGUGAAGCAGUCCACGGACAGCCUCGCCCAGCCGCCGCGGCCUCCUCCUGGGCACGAGGCCGAGUUGCCCGAGAGGCCGUCCAGGGCGUGCCUCAAGUCCGAUUACAUCGAGCUUCCUCCGCCUGCUAGCAAGUGCAGCAGGAGCCAAUCGAUCAUCAAUGGGUUCAAUGUUCUGUGCGGGGUUGGAAUUCUCACCACAGCUUAUGGAAUCAAGGAAGGGGGAUGGUUAAGCCUCCUGCUGCUCCCCUUGUUGGGAGGCAGCUCCUGCUACACGGGCUUGCUUCUGAAGAGAUGCAUAGACAGUUCGCCCAACAUUGAGACAUACCCAGAUAUUGGACAAGUCGCUUUCGGUCUUUUCGGUCGAAUCUUUGUAUCGGUUGUUCUUUACCUGGAGCUUUAUGCAAGCUGUGUGGAGUACAUCACGCUGCUAGGAGACAGCUUGUCAUCAGUGUUUCCCUCGGCACAUUUAGCUUUCACCGGCAUUGAGCUGAACGCACACAAUCUCUUUGCAAUCACAAUGGCCUUGGCAAUUCUCCCAUCAGUCUGGCUCAGGAACCUCAGUCUCCUCUCAUAUCUUUCUGCUGGAGGUGUGAUCGCGACAAUUACAGUCAUCGUCUGCCUAUUCUGGGUUGGCAUUGGAGAAGGAAUUGGGUUUCACCCAUCUGGUGCUCUAGUGAACGUUACCCGCCUUCCAGUGGCACUUGGCCUGUAUGGAUACUGCUAUUCAGGACACUCGGUUUUUCCAAACAUAUAUUCCUCAAUGGAGGAGCGCUCACAGUUUCCAUUUGUGCUCCUGUUCUGCUUCACAGUGGUAACACUUGUUUAUGCUGGAGUUGCGGUCUCAGGGUUUAUGAUGUUUGGCGAGUCCACUAUGUCACAGUUCACUCUGAACUUGCCACAACAGUACAUCCCGUCUAAAAUUGCCAUUUGGAUGACGGUUGUCAAUCCAUACACAAAGUAUGCAUUGACAAUGACGCCAGUCGCCUUAUCUAUAGAGGAAGCCCUACCAAAGAAGAUGCAGAGUUACCUGGUUGGAAUGUCUGUUAGGACAUGCCUCGUUUUCUCAACUGUUGCCGUGGCUCUGCUUUUUCCUUAUUUUGCCCUGGUGAUGGCAUUGCUUGGAUCUGUCUUCACAAUGCUUGUGGCUUUGAUACUCCCAUGUGCAUGCUAUCUCUCUAUCAAGAAGGGUGCAGUACCUUUGUGGGAGAUCAUCCUGUGCAUAAUCAUCAUAAUGAUUGGCGUAGUAUGUGCAUGCAUCGGGUCAUAUACCUCAAUCAACCGGAUGAUUAGCAGCAGAUAGUGCACGUUAGCUGAUGUUUGUGUAGUUGUUACAGAUUCUUUCGUAUGUCUGACAGAGUUCAAACUGGCAGUCUGUCGGUUUUCCGUAGCUACGUUUAUUUGUUCCUUUUUUCUGACAGAAAUUCGGUAAGAGAAGAGUUUUGUUGUAGCAGGUGAAGGUUAAUGUUUCAGACAUUCAUGGCAGCAAUUUCCUCAAUAGAAUUUUUCUGCAGGCGUGUGUUCGUUCGGUUGCCGUUUGCAGAGCAGGAGAAAACGAUUCAGAAAAAUACAGUGGCUGCUAAAUGCUAGUAAUACACAGUUUUCAUUUACAGAUACUGAUUUGA